AUGAAAGUGAAAGUGAUAGCUAUAAGGGGCUUCUAUCAGAAAAUGGAGCUGGGAGGAAUCUGGAAUCGGUUACUCUGUAUCAUCCUUCUAUUCAGUGAAUCUCUGGAGCUGGAAGUUCCUCCGUCUCAGCAAGCUAAAGUCGGAUCUGAUACGCGUAUUCCCUGCACUUUCACCGUGGAUAAAUUCCCUGCGGAUCCCAAAUUCCUUACCAUAAUCUGGAACAUUGAGGGAAGAGAACUCUUGCGGUAUAACGAUACUGUGUGGACAUGUGAUCCAAGGUUUUUCCUAAAUACAGCCAGAGCGUUAAAUGGUGAUGCAUCACUGUCUAUUGCCAGGGUUAAAAUAUCUGACGGCGGAGUCUAUAAGUGUUUAAUACAUUACAAUUCAGAAAGAAAAGAGAAAGAAGUCACCCUGUUUGUUCAUGCUCCUCCGGAGAUCGCUGUCACAGGGAGAAUUGCUGUUAUGAAUAAAGAGAGUCUUCUGAGAAGUUCCAUCACUGGAUUCUACCCCGCAAACAUUGAUAUCAAAUGGUUCAAAGAUGGGAAGAUUCUCAAAAAUGAUACCAAAUCCUCACAUCUAAUUAACCCAGAUGGCACAUUCAGCCUGAACUGCACAGUAACCAUAAUACCUACUGAGGAGGACAGAAACCGGACCAUUUCAUGCCGUAUCCAACACGAGUCUCUCUCUGAACCUCUCCAAAAAGACUUCCAGUUGGAAUAUGGAGCUGUCCCAUCCAUUCACAUUGUAUCCAGUACAUUUAAUCUCGGUAAGGAACAGAAGCUGAUUUGCAAGGUUUAUGGAUUUCACCCCCCUUCCAUUGAUAUAAAUUGGUAUUUGGACGGUACCAAGGUGAAAUCUACAAAAACUCGAAGGAUUAAUAUUUCGGCCGUGGAGUCUGCCUACCAAUUCACUCCCACAGAGCAGAACUGGGGUAUGGAGCUCUCCUGUGAGGUGAAGCAUGACACUCUCCUUGGUCCUCUUGUUAGGAAACUGUUGGUGGAGGGGAAAGAUCUGACAAUUAAGUACAGAGCUGCCGUUAUAAGCUCUGCAUGCAUGGUGGUGGUGGUGGUGGUGAUAUUUGGAAUUAUCACUUAUUACACGGUCAAGAAAACACCAGAUGGUAAUGGCCAGAUGACAGAAGUGGACUACCAUAGUACGAUAGAGCACACUGACAAAAAAACUAAUUUUAAGAACUUUCUGAAGGAUCUGGAAAUGGAAGGUAAUGUGGAUUUGAAGCUCACACUGAAAGAUAUUCUGAACAUUGGCAAAGAAAAUCUAAUGGACACCAAGCCACAGGAACUAAAUGACAUUCCCUGGCACUACCUGAGGAAUUUAAUGGCUCUCAACAGGAAUGCCAGAAGUACUGAUUGGGAGGUAGACUCAUCUAAAGGGAUGGCUAUCCACCCCUUGGAUGUUCUGUGUGUUCUCCUCCAUUGUUCAGAUAAUUUUUUACAACAGGAAAUUGUAUCAAAAAUGUCCACGUGCCAGUUUGCUGUCCCUCUGCUGCUCCCUCCUGGUGAUGGCUCAAACUGCACCCUCAUGCUAUGGAAAAUGAGAGAUAUAGUGAAAAGAUGGAGACCUCAGCCAUUAGAAGACAGUACAGGGUUUAUAGAAGAUAAUGUGGUGAACAUCCCCAUGCCAACCUUCUCUUUUGCAAGAAUGGGGAAAGCCAAGUUAUCCAAAUCUAAAAUCCUGAAUCAUAUUAUUAACCCAACUCAACAGCUUCAUGACUUUUUCAUACAUGACAACAUGGAAGGAGGGAAUAUUAAGAGGAAAAUAUCAGAUGGACUAGUGGAAAUGUCCUGGUAUUUUCCUUCUGGUAGCGAAAGUUCUGACAUUUUCUCAGAGCCGAUUGCAGUGACCAAUCUACGGGGAGACCUGGAGUCUAACUGGACACAAUUCAGCUUCCUAACCCGGGUCUCAUCAGCUGUGUUUAUAUUUACUGAGAACAUCGGGGAGACAGAAUUCAAACUGUUAUCAAACUGUGAUAACAAACAGUUAAAGUUUUAUUUCAUAAUUACUCCAAAUAUGGAAAAAGAUGAGAAUAUGAAAAAACUAAAUUCUGUAUUAAACAUUGAGAUUAUAUUAAAUGAUAACGAUCUGGUUAAAAACAUAAAAAGCAAAAUUAAAUUGUCUGUAGAACAACCUUCCUUUAAAAUCUCAAUUGAAAAUAUGGGGAAUAAAACCCAUGAACUCGAUAUCAACGUAGAUGAAUUUUGUGAGGAAUGCUGUAAAGCCAAAAUGCAUGCUGGGAAAAUUGUUGAUGAGAUAAAAGAUAUGGCUCAGUAUAAGAAGGAAUCAUUGAGUCUGCAGGGAGAUCUGUGGAAGCAAAUAUCUGAAAAAGAGAAAGAGAUGUUUAGACAGAGAGAGCAAGGAUCAAAGAAUGAUGAAGAAAGCCAGAAGGAGCUGAACUAUCAAUGCAUUCCACUUCGCAAGAAGCAAUAUGAUCAUAAAAUUUCGAAUGGUAUGCAGCUGUUUAUUGAGGCCAUAUCUACAUUUUCCUCUCGAGAGAAACAUUAUUUUUUGAGGUGGAUGAAAUAUUAUCUGGAUUUGCUAUCUAGGAAUACGCUCUCUGGUCUACUAUUAGAAUACAGAACAAACUGUGAAAAACAGUUGAAUCAGGAAGAACUAAAACAACUGGAUCAAAAAAAAUAUGAAAGAUCACUGGGAAUUGAGCAUUUCCUACGUGAGAUGGGACAGGUUUAUGAGGCUGAGUGCUUCAUGUUAAGAAAUGAAAAAAUACAAAUGCAGAAUGCCCGAUUCAGCAAACUACCAGACAAAGUUGCCGAUCUCCUUCUGAAAGGGUUCUCAUUAGAGUUGGUUGAUGGAGAUGCCUCCAACAUCCCCCUGCAGUGGAUAACUGAUGUCCUAACUGAGCUGAACACCAAGACAGGAGGACAAUGCAGAAUGAGAGUGAUUACUGUGCUGGGAGUUCAGGGUACGGGAAAAUCCACCCUUCUGAACACCAUGUUUGGUUUGCAGUUCCCGGUGGCCAGUGGUCGAUGCACACGAGGGGCUUUUAUGACAUUUAUUGGAGUGAAACAAAAUCUCCAGAAGGAGCUGGGCUGUGACUUUAUUCUGGUUAUUGAUACUGAAGGUCUCAAAGCUCCUGAACUGGCUUCUCUGGAGGACAGUUCCAAACAUGAUUAUGAGCUGGCAACGUUCGUAGUAACAUUGAGUGAUAUCACCAUAGUUAACAUGGUUAUGGAAAACACAAAGGAAUUGAAAAGUAUUUUACAAAUAGUGGUUCACGCAUUCCUUAGAAUGAAGGGAAAAGGAAAGAAACUGAAUUGCCAGUUUGUGCAUCAGAAAGUUAGUGACAUGUCAGACGAAAUUACGUUAAUUAGACACAAAACCCAAUUCCAAGAAUUAUUAAAUGAAAUAACUAAAAUUGCAACAAAGGAGGAAAAUAAACCAGGAAUCUCAAAGUCUGAUAGUGUUCUAGACUUUAAUGUUAAUACAGACAACAGGUAUAUACCCAACAUGUGGUAUAGUGCCCCACUGUACAAUGAGGAGGUUUUAAAACUAAAAACAUACUUAAUAGAUAUUCUGAAAAAUACAAACAAUGAUAAGAACACAAGAACACCUCUAAACAUAAAAGAAUUUAUCACAUGGAUUAAUGAUCUGGGCAAUGCUGUGAGACACGACAAAUUUAUAAACACUUUCAGAACUCUUAUGGUCAAAGCUUAUAAUAAGGAAAGUACUGAGUAUGUAAAAAUAACGAUAGGGAUUACAAAGCUGCUAAAGCUGGAACUAUCACUGGUUCCUAAUGUUCUCAAAUGUUACUAAAUAAAAAAAGCAUUGUGGUGCUCUAGUACAUUUUAUUGUAUUAGUAACAAAAGAAAUGUGUAUGUAAUCUGUUAUCUGUUUGUCUCCACACCAUGAGAAAGAGGAUGAAAUACCCUGUUUGUUCAAAGGCUAAUAUGGAAAAAAUUGUAAAUGUGUGAUUUUGCAUCUUUCUUAAAAAGACUAUUAUCUGUAUAAUGUACUAAAAUGGGGUCAAGAAGCUUCAAAAUCAUUUCAUAUCACCCAACUAUACCAAGAUGCUACCAAACACACAACUACUUCUCUGUGUCAUAUAUCUCAUUGUUCUUCAAGGUUUGAGUGACCUUUAUUCCCCAUUUAUAUGUCUCCUUUUUGUAAGAAUGGGGACAGUUAAAAUGGGCUAGGCAUUCCCCAGCCACCAAGCCUAUCAUGUGGUCAUGUGCCAGGGAGAUAUGUAACAUGUGUUAGUCCAUUAAACUAAACCAUAAAGGGCCAUAAACAUAGGGAAAUACAUGGACUGUUCAUUCCAGUAGUGUUUAUUGUACAAUUGUUCAUUAGAUUAGUGUUAUUACAGAACUGUUUGUUACAGGAGUUUUUAAUAAAUAAGAUGAAUAAGUGUUAAGAUCGCACCUUCCAAACUUGUAGUGUACACGUUUACUAUAAAAAUAAAGAAAAGGGAUAGAUUGUGUAAU